AUGACCCUGUCAGUCAUCUUCGGCUUGAGUCCGAUCCUCUUCUUGAGUGUCCUUCUUAUGAUGAGCUCCUGCAGUCCCAUCCGACGUGACGGUACACUUCUUGAUGCCAAAGACUUCCUCAGCCAUUUUCUGUCCACACUCAACAUCACCGGGCAAAGGACCCUGGGCAAGCUUCUCGCCUCCACCAAGGAGCCACCGGAGUACAUGCUGGAAGUCUACCAAAGAUACGCCAACGACCGAAGCGCAGUAUCCUCGGCCAACAUAGUGCGCAGUUUCAGGAAUGAAGAUUUCUCCCUGGAUGGUGUGACACCCAAGGGUGUAAGGACACAUCCUUUACUCUUCAACAUCUCAGUUCCCCACCAUGAGGACAUCACCACAGCUGAGCUUCGCCUAUUCACUCUCGUCCGGUGGUCCGGCCGAAAUUACAUUAACUGCAAGGUGACCAUUUACAAAGUCCACAACGGCGUGGUUUGGAAAGAGGAGUUUAGCAAAGAGAAAAGAAGGCGGGAUCAAGCGGAGGAGCAUCUGGAGGAACUACUGACCAAGCACAUCCACGUCAAAGAUAGCAGCUGGGUGUCCUUUGACUUGACUCACGCGGUGGCAAUCUGGAGAAAGUCUGGAUAUGCGACGCACAAGCUGGAGGUCCAUAUUGCUAUUUUGGGUCCAGCGGAGGCGAUGACAAGGGGCGGCGAGGUCCUGAUUGACACCGAGGGGCAGCACAAUGCGGUGAUGGUGGUCUUCUCGGACGAUCCCAGCAAACGUCACGAGCAACAUGGGAAUGACCUUGCUGAUCAACACCCCCGCCGUAUCUACGAUACACCUCCGCGGAUCCGCCGCAAUGUCAAGAACGAACCCUGCAAGAGAACCCCGCUGUUUGUGGAUUUUAAAGACAUCGGCUGGGAUACGUGGAUCAUCCAGCCGGUGGGCUACGAGGCCUACAUGUGUAACGGCGUUUGUGGCGCCUCGCUCACCUCGGAGGUCUCGCCUACCAAGCAUGCUAUUGUGCAGACACUGCUGAGUGUUAAGAGCCCAGAGAGGGCAUCGCGUGCCUGCUGUGUUCCCACUAAGCUGGAGCCCAUUUCGCUCCUUUAUCACGAUAAUGGGGUGAUCACCUUCAACCACAAAUAUGAGGGCAUGGUGGUGGCAGAGUGUGGCUGCAGAUAA